UGAGGAGGGACAGAACACUCACAACACCACAGCGGAUGAAAGACAGAAGCAGAGCUCAAAUUCAGCACAACGCCGACAUGCUUCAUCUCCACAGCUGAGAGAAGGAAAAAAAAAGACCUGAUAGAAGAGGAGUAUUUGGGAAGUGAUUGGGAAAAUGGUGACUCUGAAACACUUGAGUGUUAAUGAUAAUGAUGAAGACGGUGUUCCUUUGUUACCGGAAGCCAGCAGCUUGGAGAGUCCAACCACACAACACAGCAGGGCAGAGUCCAGAGAUUUCUUUCUCAGCCGGAGGUAUAACUUCAUUGUGAGCAUCGUUCUGCUGUUGAGCCUUUACUCUGCUCUUCUGGUUCCUGCAUAUCUGCCAACAGCAGAGCCCAUCUGGACUAAUGAGAGCUCUGCUGAAAAUCUGGCUCUGCUGAAUCAGUCUGCAUCUCUGCUGUCUCAGUCAUGUCACAGCGGCUGGAGUGUAGAGAGGAUGAGGACUAUGUUGUCCACUCCAGCCGGUCUGCUGAAGAUCCCUGUGUUCUUGGAGAACGGCACUGGAGAUUGGGCUCUGCCUCCUCCGCUGGGUCUGCAAGGCAGUGAAGAGAUGGCAGAGCAGGCCCUGAAAGCUCUGCCAUUCACCGCUGUGCCAACCGGACCAGAGACCUGUAGGAGAUGUGUGGUGGUCGGAAGCGGCGGUAUUUUACACGGCAAAAAUCUUGGAGCUCAUAUAGACCAGUACAACAUUAUCAUUAGAGUGAAUAAUGCUCCAGUGUUUGGAUUUGAGAGCGACGCUGGCUCAAGAACUACCAUUCGCCUCAUUUAUCCAGAAGGAGCUCCUUCCCACAUACAGGAAUACGAGAGAACUGAAGUCGUAGCUUUGGUUGUGUUCAAGAGUUUAGAUUUAGCAUGGAUGACCUCGGUAGUAACCAAAGAGCCUUUGAGCUGGUGGUCUAAACUGUGGUUCUGGAAGGAUGUAAUAGACUCAAUACCUCUACAGCCAGAAAACGUUCGCAUCCUGAAUCCCGAAAUCAUGUACAGGACUGGACAGGUGCUGCAAACCUACGCAGAACAGCAGAGAAAGAUGGUGCCAACUCUGGGUAUAACCGCAGUGGUUGUGGCCCUGCAGGUGUGUGAUGAGGUGAGCAUAGCUGGAUUCGGAUACGACCUGCAGCACCCUGGAGCUCCGCUACAUUACUACGGCUCUCUCCGCAUGGACGCCAUGAAGACGCAGGUGGUUCACGAUGUUAGUGCCGAGACUGUCUUUCUGAAAGAGCUGGUCAAAGCUGGAGCGGUGCGAGACCUCACUGGGGCACUGUGAGAGACCACUGCAGACACUCCACAACAGCUGAAAGAAGAAAUGAAGAGAAUGAAAAGCAACAGAAAACACAAUAGAUUUAUAGCAUGCUGUUUCGACCAUUCUCAUGAUAUGAUAUACAGCUGAAGUUAUUAGUUAUUAUGAUAUACAGUAAAUUAUUAGCCCCCCCUGUAGAUUUUUCCCCAAAUUUCUGUUUAACAGAAAGAAGAUUUUUUUUCAACACAUUUCUAAACAUAAUAGUUUUUAAUAACUGAUUUAUUUUAUCUUUGCCAUGAUAACAGCCUAUAAUAUUUUACUAGAUAUUUCUCAAGAUACUAGAAUUCAGCUGAAAGUGAGAUUUUUAAGGUUUAACUAGGUUUAUUCCAGUAAGCUAAAGUAAGGGUAAUUAGGCAAGUCCUUGUAUAACAAUGGUUUGUUCUGUAGACAAUUGAAAAAAAAAUGUUUUAAAAUGUUUUUAAAAAAUUUUAAACUGUUUUUAUUGUAGCUGAUAGAAAACAAAUAAGACUUCCUCCAGAAGAAAAAAAAACAUUAUUAUAAAUACUGUGAAAAAUUCCUUGCUCUGUUAAAGAUCAUUUGGGAAAUACUUGAAAAAAAAAAGAAAGAAAAAAAAAAAUCACAGAAGGGCUCAUAAUUUUGACUUCAACUGUAUUAAUAUAAACAAUUCAAUACCUGAUAUCAAAAUUAAAUUAUUGAUAUCAAGUAUUGCAUUUUAUCUAGAAAAACUAUUUAAUAUGUAAUUAUUUAUAUCUUUGUAUUUUCAUUUAAUGUCUCCAUCGGCUGCUACUCAAAUUUAAUUGCUGAUUUUAAUAAUUGAAUACUUAUUAGUAAUUAUUCCAAUGUUCCAAUAGUUCAAAAUGUGACUGGACAUUGUGAAAACUAUUGGGUAAAUGUUGGGAUAAAAUACAAUACAGACAUUACCUAACUUAAAUUUAAAAUGGGAACAUGACAGCUAAAUUAAAACCAAAGCUAUAAUACAUAACAUCUAUAAAACUAAAAUAAAACACUUUUUUUACUUAAGCUUUAUAAAAGAUGACAAAAAAUUGUUCUGAAAAUUAUUUCAUAUUUAUUUAUCUCGUCAAACACCAAUACAUAUUUUACAUAUUGUGUAAAAAAUGUUUUAGAUUCUGUAUUUAUUCAAGCAAAGUAUAAAUGAGAUUUCAGCGUACAGAGAAAAACAUUCAGUCAUGUAAAAAAACAUCACUUUUAUAUUUUAACACCUAAAUCAGAGAGUAAAAAACACUUUCGCUAGAUUUCUUUAACUACAAUUUUAACUCGGGGAAUGUUUUGUUGUAUGUGUGUAACAACAUUCAUGAUCAAGAAUUACAGCUACAAAAAAAAAAAAAAAAGUGUUUCAAGAAAUGAAUUCUGCUAUGCGAUACAUUGGAUGUUUUUGGCUGCUGGACAAAUAAACUGACACUUUUCUUUUAA